UUUUAUUACAGAGAACACUGCAUUAACUGUUGUCAAAUUGAUGAAGAAAAAUCUAUUAAAGUAUAUGCAAAAGCCAGAUUGGAAGUCUGUACUUGUAAAUUUGGUGCUUAUCCUCAGAUUCAAGCAUUUAUAAAAAGUGAUCGUCCCAACAAGUACCCUAACUUAACAAUCAGAUAUGUACGUGGAUUGGAUCCACUAAUUAAACUCAUGGACAGCAAUGGAAAUGUGCAAGAGGUAUAAAAUCUUUAAGAGGAUAUCAGCACACACUUUGUUUUCUCUCUCUGGUCCACACUCAACUUAAACAAAACGCAUUUACGUAGAAUCGUUUUUCCUGUGUUUUUAAGAAAUCUUAAAGUAAAAUCAGUGACGUUAUUUGCGGGAUGCAGGGGUGUGCAAAUGCAUCCCAUGAAUUUUUUUUUAACACACUUUUGUGUAGAUCCUUUCAUAGAAUCAUAGUAUAAAACAAAUAACAAUAAUGUUGGUAUUUUU